CAGAGAGUUUAUAAAGCCUCUUCUCUGUCGCCUGGUGCUCACAAAAGGGAUUUGUCACAGAGAAGAGGUGGACUGACAAUGCGGACGUCUGUUGGGCUGUUGGUGUUGCUGGCUGUGGCUUCACACACCGUGGCAAAGCCUAAAAAUCGUUUCACUCGCUAUCCAUCAUGGAACACUAAGAUGUACCCAAUCUGGAAAGAUGGUGACCCGCGAUACAAAGAGUCCUGGAAAGGUGGAAAAGUGACUUUCAAUGUCGGAAAUGAUUCACCAACUCUGACCGGAGCCAAAGUUACCUUCACCAUCGACUUGGAGUUCCCACACAACCAAAAGGUGCAGCCCAAUGGAGAUGUUGUUUGGGCUGAAGACUGCAUAGUCAAUGGAACAAAGUAUUACAAGUCUGAGCCAGUUUAUCCGACUGAGAACACAGACUGGGAGGCUGUUUUCCCCGAUGGGACACCAGUUAAGAAGGACAAGAGGCCAAACUAUGUGUUUGUCUGGAAGGCUUGGGGUCAGUACUGGCAGGUGGCAGACGACUCUUCCUCCUCCCUCACCAUCAGUACAGAUGACAUCCCACUGGGCUCCUACACCAUGGACAUCGUGAUCUACCACUACCGGAGCAGGGAGAAGUUCAUUCCUCUCGGAUAUGCCUCCACUCAGUUCUCCAUCACUGAUCAAAUCCCCUUCGCCGUCUCCUUGGACCAAGUCAACGACAUUGUGGCCGGAGACAUGCGCUUCGUCCAGAACAGAGCGAUCGCAUUCACCGUCACCCUCCAUGACCCGAGCGAGUAUCUCAGCAAUGCAGACAUCACCUUCAACUGGGACUUUGGGGAUGAAAGUGGAGCCCUCAUAUCCAGAGAGCUGACUGUCACUCACACCUACAUCAACUCUGGUGUGUUCAAGCCUAAGGUGGUGAUUCAGGCGGUCAUCCCGGAUAAGGCCUGCGACCCACCGGUUGAUAACCCAACCAAGGCCCCUGGUCCACCUGCAGAUCAGGGGACCACAGUGAAAGCUCCUGCACUGGCGUCUGCUGUCCCCUUACUUGUUUUCACCAAGUCAACUGGUCUGAACAUCAACAUGGUUCCUUCGGACACAGAGGAAGACAACACUGAGGACGAGGCCUCAACUGCCUCCACCACUCAGUCUCCACAGGAAACACCCUCAGUGGCCAAGACUCCAUCCCUCAUCAAUCAUAUCAUGCCAGCUCAGACCGGGCUCACAACAGGUGGAAAGCGAACACCGACAGGCCGAGCUGCAGCACUCGUAGUUGCUAAGAGAGACGCUAACGAUAAACCCUCCGAUGACGACUGUUUCAUAUAUCGGUACGGCUCCUACUGCGCUGGCAUUGAAGUGUUUGAGGGCAUUGAGAAAGUAGAGAUCGUACAAAUGGACAACACCAUGAUGGCGACAUCUGAUAUGGACAAAAAUGCUUUGGAUAUCACUGUUACCUGCCAGGGAAGCCUUCCCAAAGAGGUGUGCAGUGUGAUUCUGGACGCAGAGUGCUUAAAGCCAAUUCACACGGCAUGCAACAUGGUGGAGCCCUCCAAGGAGUGCCAGCUGGUGUUACGUCACUUCUUCAAUGACUCCGGUGUCUACUGCAUCAACGUGUCAAUGGCCAAUGACGUCAGUUUAGCCGCCACCAGUGCCAAAGUCAACGUAGACAUGGGUCCAGGUCUGUCCUCUCAUGGUACUAUCGUCAUAGUGCUGGGUGUCCUGGUACUCGCUCUAGCAGUAGGAAUAGUGGCAUAUACUUACAAACGUUUCAAGUCCUACCGCCCACUGAAGGAAGACGUGAUUGCGUCUGCAGGCCUGCAGCCAAACCAGCCUCACAGCUGCUCCACAGCCUCGAUGUUCUGGAGUCUUCUGAACAGACGUGGAGCCGUGGACAACUGCCCUCUGCUGCAGGAGAGGCCGGUGUGACCCACCAUGACCAGCCGUACACAACCAAACCAAACCAAACAACUCAUGAUUUCCAAGUUUUUAUACUUUUUUUUUACGUUUUCUUAAUGAUAAAUUCAUUAGUGUUUGUGAUAUUUUGGAUUUUCAAUCAGACGAAAUACUGGAAUUAUACUUUAGACAUACUCUGAUUUUUUUUGUACCUACCUAGCAAAGUUUAGUUGCGCUUUAAUCUGAACAAAACUGAAUUUGUAUGUUGUUUUUUUCCAAUAAACUUUGCUUAGAAAAAGUUG